AUGGCUUCUGAAAGACUACGGAAACCUAAAUCUUCACCAAGCACGACGAGUCAUGACGACAAGCUACCGCUGGAUUUUGAAAAUCUCCGCAACACUUUAAUAGCGGAGCUAACAUCUACCAUCGCAGUUCAGGUGAAAGCAGCUAUUGACUCCGCUCUGGCCCCAGUUGUUGCGUCGUUUGAGAGUUUUAAAUCGGUCACUGAAUCACAAGGACGGCGUAUUGACGAGCUUGACCAGCACCUGAACGAUUACAGUGACCGCAUUGUAGCACUGGAACAGACGGUGCUGAAGCUAAUUUCGGCUAACAAACAACUCUCCGAGAAAGUUGAGGAUUUAGAGUCCCGCUCGCGGCGCUGCACUCUCCGGGUCAUCGGUAUUCCGGAACGAGAAGAAGGGAGCGAUCUGGUAACAUUUAUGUCUAAAUUUUUCCAGGAUGUGCUCGGAUCAGAAAUCUUUCCGACUGCUCCAUUGCUGGAUAGAGCGCACCGCAUUGGCCCCGUGCCCUCGGAGGAGCAGCGAGAGAAUCAGAGGUCCAGAGUGGUGAUUGUGCGGUUUCACUACUUUCACGACAGAGAAAAAGUUGUUCGACGCGGGAAUUGGAAUCAGCUUUUCCAUCAGGGCCGUAAGGUCUUCAUCUUUCCUGACUUCAGCUCCAGCGUCGCUAAGAGGAGAGCAGCCUUCGCUGCGACCAUGCUCCUCUAAGUCUUCACAUUCUUCUACCUUCACAUCGCGCCUUUCGUCCACCAUGGAGGCUUAACUCUCUACUUCUAUCCGAAUCAGCGUUUUGCAAGUAUAUUUCUACUUCAAUAGAUGAUUUUCUUCUUACUAAUCAAACUGAUUCAAUCUCUUACUCUUUACUUUGGGAAACUUUAAAGGCCUUCUUAAGGGGACAGUUAAUCUCUUAUUCUGCUCAUGCCAAUAAGCAAUGCAAGGAUAAGAAAAAAGAGAUAUCGGAUAAUAUUCGAGCCAUUGAUGACCAAUAUGCUCUCAACCCGACCCCUGAGCUGCAUAAACAAAGGCUUAAUUUGCAGGCGGAGUUCGAGUUGUUAUCGACAGGUGAGGCGGAGAGGCUGUUGUUACAUACACGUGGCAAUUAUUAUGAAUAUGGAGAUAAGGUCGGUCGGUUGUUGGCUCACCAACUGCGUAGCUGAGUGGCCUCACGCUCUAUCACUCAGAUUAUGCAGUCCAGUGGUGCAUUAACCUCGGAUCCUGUAGAAAUUAAUUCAACUUUUAAAAGUUUUUAUUCCCUCUUUAUACACAGCUGGAUCUCCUGACAAUUCAGGUAACAUGGACCAUUUUCUUGAAAAUAUUGAUUUUCCCGGAGUUGACCCUCUAUUGGCAUCUGAGCUUGACAGCCCCAUCACCUUAGAUGAGAUCACUAACUCAAUCAACUCAUUGCAAUCUAGGAAAUCACCUGGCCCGGACGGGUUUGCUGACGAAUUUUAUAAGAAAUUUCAUGUUGUAUUGGCCCCAUUACUUCUGGCUGUAUUCGAGGAAUCCUUAGAACUAGGGACGCUGCCACAAACAUUGAGACAAGCAUCUAUAACUCUAUUGCUCAAAGAUGGGAAGGACCCAACAUUAUGUAAUUCGUACAGACCUAUUAGCCUCUUCAAUGUUGAUGUCAAGAUUUUAGCCAAACUUUUGGCCUCUCGUUUAGAGGGGGUUCUCCCUAGCAUUAUUUCAGAGGAGCAAACCGGGUUUAUAAAAGGACGGCAUUCCUUUUCUAAUAUUCGUACUCUACUUAGCAUUUUGUAUUCAAAACAAAACAGCGCCUCAUCUGAAGUGGUCAUCUUUUUGGACGCAGAAAAGGCAUUU